CCGCGCAGUCUCGAAGCAGCGCGGUCUCGUGGGGGAGCGUCAGGCAGCCGAGGUGCCCGCGGGAGGCAGGUCGGCCCCGGGCGCGCACGCUCGGCCGAGCCCCGGCGCGCCCCGCGCCCGCGCCUGCUGACAGCUGCAGCUGGGCUCGAGCUGUCCGCUCCCAGCUCCUCGGCCUCCGCCCCCUCGGGCUCCCUCCCCUCCGCCCCUACCCCUCCAGCCCGGUGCGCUAGUUUCGCAACUGCUUGCCUCUCGCCCCGUGCCGGGCUGUGGUCCAUUUCCCGGCCCCUUCUUCCUGAGCACUUUGCCCCCUGCAUUUGGAGAGAGGGGCUGGAAAGGGGGCGGGUGGAGCGUCCAGAGGAGAAGGAAGCAAGGGCCGGAGGAGGAGGAGGAGGAGGAGGAAGAGGAGGAGGAGGAGGAGGAAGAGAAUCGGCGGACCGUGGGGAGGAGACCCCACGCCACCCUUUCUGGUCAUCUCCCCUCCCGCCCCGCCCCUGCGCACACUCCCUCCCGGGCGAGCUACUUUCGGACGAGGAAAGUGAGGGCGGCCCUGGGUGACAGUGCCGCGGGGCCAGUCCCGGGGAAGCCGCGCGUCUGCUCGAGUCUCGUCUGCCGCGCUCCCAGCCAGGGACCGAGGAUGGCUUCGACCACAACCUGCACCAGGUUCACGGACGAGUAUCAGCUUUUCGAGGAGCUCGGAAAGGGGGCUUUCUCAGUGGUGAGAAGAUGUAUGAAAAUCCCUACUGGACAAGAAUAUGCUGCCAAAAUUAUCAACACCAAAAAGCUUUCUGCUAGGGAUCAUCAGAAACUGGAAAGAGAAGCUAGAAUCUGCCGUCUUUUGAAGCACCCCAAUAUUGUGCGACUUCAUGACAGCAUAUCAGAAGAGGGCUUCCAUUAUUUGGUGUUUGAUUUAGUUACUGGAGGUGAACUGUUUGAAGACAUAGUGGCAAGAGAGUAUUACAGUGAAGCCGAUGCCAGUCAUUGCAUUCAGCAGAUCCUGGAGGCUGUGCUACACUGCCAUCAGAUGGGCGUAGUCCAUCGGGACCUGAAGCCUGAGAAUUUGCUUUUAGCUAGCAAAUCCAAGGGAGCAGCUGUGAAACUGGCAGACUUUGGCUUAGCCAUAGAAGUUCAAGGAGACCAGCAGGCGUGGUUUGGUUUUGCUGGCACACCCGGCUAUCUUUCUCCAGAAGUUCUACGUAAAGAUCCUUAUGGAAAGCCAGUGGAUAUGUGGGCAUGCGGUGUCAUUCUCUAUAUCCUCCUGGUGGGAUAUCCACCCUUCUGGGAUGAAGAUCAACACAGACUCUAUCAGCAGAUCAAGGCUGGAGCUUAUGAUUUCCCAUCACCAGAGUGGGACACAGUGACUCCUGAAGCCAAAGACCUAAUCAAUAAAAUGCUUACUAUCAAUCCUGCCAAGCGUAUCACAGCCUCAGAGGCACUGAAACACCCAUGGAUCUGUCAACGUUCUACUGUUGCUUCCAUGAUGCACAGACAGGAAACUGUAGACUGCUUAAAGAAAUUUAAUGCUAGAAGAAAACUGAAGGGUGCCAUCUUGACAACUAUGCUGGCUACGAGGAACUUUUCAGCAGCCAAGAGUUUGUUGAAGAAACCAGAUGGAGUAAAGAUAAACAACAAAGCCAACGUGGUAACCAGCCCCAAAGAAAAUAUUCCUACCCCGGCGCUGGAGCCCCAAACUACUGUAAUCCACAACCCUGAUGGAAACAAGGAAUCAACUGAGAGUUCAAAUACAACAAUUGAGGAUGAAGAUGUGAAAGCACGAAAGCAAGAAAUUAUCAAAGUCACUGAACAACUGAUUGAAGCCAUCAACAAUGGAGACUUUGAAGCUUACACAAAAAUCUGUGACCCAGGCCUUACUGCUUUUGAACCUGAAGCUUUGGGUAAUUUAGUGGAAGGGAUGGACUUUCACCGAUUCUACUUUGAAAAUGCUUUGUCCAAAAGCAAUAAACCAAUCCACACAAUUAUCCUGAACCCCCAUGUACACCUGGUAGGUGAUGAUGCCGCCUGCAUAGCAUACAUUAGGCUCACGCAGUACAUGGAUGGCAGCGGGAUGCCAAAGACAAUGCAGUCAGAAGAGACUCGUGUGUGGCAUCGCCGGGAUGGCAAGUGGCAGAAUGUUCAUUUUCAUCGCUCUGGGUCGCCAACAGUACCCAUCAAGCCAUCCUGUAUUCCAAAUGGGAAAGAAAACUUCUCAGGAAGCACCUCUUUGUGGCAAAACAUCUAAGGCCUGAAAACCAUUCACAUAUGGGUCUUCUAAAUAUCAACAGUGCCACCUCUGCAUUCUUGUUCUCAAGGCACCUGGAUGGUAACCUGGGCUGUCCUCUCCUCCUCUUCAUGCAUGUUUCUGAGUGCAUGAAGUUGUGAAGGUCCUACAUGUAAUGCAUAUGUGAUGCACCAUCUUGUCAUAUAUUCCUUCCUAUACAUUGUUUACACUUCAACUAUGGGGAUGUUCCAUGCAAAAUUCAAUUACUGUUGGCAAACAAUACGGGGAGGUCAGACAAAAAAAAUUCUGCAAUAUUCCAAGUACAACCUAUUCAUCAAGUUUCUGUUUAUGCCAAGAUAUGAGACUUCAAAAUUAUUCUCUGAAUGACAGUUUGUAAGAGAAACAUACAUUUUUAAAACUCUUUGCUGUUAAUCAGUUUGGGCUUGUUUAACAAAACAAACAAAAUAUAUAUACCUUCAGUUUCCUGGUGUGAUCCUGGUUGAAAUUGCUGUCUAACAAUUAAAGUAGGUUGGUAUGUGGCCAAAAUCACUCAUGAAUGCGGAAGCGAGAAUCAGUUGGUUUGCUGCCCUCUAAAGUCAUGUUGUUUUUGGUCAAACUGUAAACUGGAAAAAUUCACAUAAUUUAAGAGUGAUCACUUUAAGAUAUAUUCACACUUCUGGUGAAUUCACUGAGUUUUGUGUUCCUUUUUCAAGUAUGUGCUCUCUUUUCUCCAUUUGAUCUUACUCGUUGCUGUUCGCUUUUUUCCAUCCUCUUCUGUCUUUUCUCACACACUACAAGACAGAAAGGAAAGUGAAAUUUGCAUAAUAGAGGUAACUAAACUAGCACUUUUGAUCAUCUUCAGGACCCACAAAAAUGUUGUCAAGAUUGUAAAGGUUUCUAAUUCUGCUUCGGCUCUACUUUGGACAUAGGGAUCCUAGGUCAGUGGUAUUAGAAUUGUUUAAAUUUCGGGUAAAAGCAGUGAGGUCCCUAGUGUCCCAUGGACUGGCAAGGAGAAUACCAGGUUGUAGUGGAUCAGGGUUUCGUGCACAUGCGCUUAGUUCUGCCUAGUGCCAGGGGCCCCUCCUGCUCCACCACCACUGGCUGGUUUUCUAAAGUCAGAGAGACCUGCAAGUGAUUUCCAUUCUCAUAAGUGUUUAGAACUUGAGCUCUGUGGCUUGUGCUCUCUUAGCUUCUCUCUUGUGUCAGUAACAUUAUCUCCCUGUGAGGAGUUAGGAUUUUCCAGUUUAAAAAGAAAAGGGAAAUGCCCAGAUUUUUCUCCUUUGUUUAUUCAGCCCCUGUAAAGCUGUUUCUCUUCCCCGAAAUGCUUUAUAGUGCAUGGUAUCUUCAUCAGCAUUAUUUUAACAAUAGUAAUUCACAAUCUUCAGAAGCCUAUUUUUAAAGCAGAAGCAAAAAAUCUAAACAACCCUCCUUCUUUCUCUCAUUUCACCUUUCUGUGUUGAUGACUAAUCACCUUAGAUAUUGUUGCUAGUGGAUGUACGGUAGAUGGAUUGAAGCUUUUCUGAUAAUUACACGAUUUAAAAAAUAUAUAUUUAAAAUAAAUAUAUACAGUAAAUGUAUUGAGCCAUGUUAACCUGCCAAUGAGAUCUGUGAAAAAGUAAUGGCCUCGUUUUUCCCUUUUUGAUUUCUUUUACCUUUUUGUGAACCGGCUAUAAGUGGCAUACAUGUAUUUUAAAAAUAAUUAAUAGGUAUAGAGUGGGUUUUUUUUUUUUUACACUUUUAACUUAGCAUGUGGUGUUGAAGUAUUACCAUAGAUCAAGUUUGUCUUCCACACUAAGAUGUGAGGAAAUUGUGAUUUGUUCUCUCCACCACAACUGAAUUACACAAUUACUAUCUUCUAUAAUUUUGAAACACUGCAGUUUACCAUGGGACACUGUAUAUAUUUCUUGCCAUAAUGGUAAAUGAUUGAUAUAUUUAAGAGUUAAUAAAUUUGUGAUUUC